GCAAGUGUCAGUCAGGUCGGGAGCUCCAGGGGGGACAUCGGAGACCGGGCGGCUGACAGGGGGCCCGGACCGCUACGGUGUUGUCCUCCCAAGAUGGAGUUCCUCCUGGGGAACCCGUUCAGUACCCCGGUGGGGCAGUGCCUCGAAAAGGCAACAGAUGGCUCCCUGCAAAGUGAGGAUUGGACAUUGAACAUGGAGAUCUGUGACAUCAUCAACGAGACAGAAGAAGGGCCAAAGGAUGCAAUUCGAGCCCUGAAAAAGCGACUCAAUGGGAACCGGAACUACAGAGAAGUGAUGCUGGCACUAACUGUGCUGGAAACAUGUGUGAAGAAUUGUGGCCACCGCUUUCACAUCCUUGUGGCCAACCGAGACUUCAUCGACAGUGUCCUCGUCAAGAUCAUUUCCCCAAAAAACAACCCUCCUACCAUUGUACAGGACAAAGUCCUUGCUCUGAUUCAGGCAUGGGCCGACGCCUUCCGGAGCAGCCCUGACCUCACUGGCGUUGUCCAUAUAUAUGAGGAACUGAAGAGGAAAGGGGUCGAGUUUCCCAUGGCCGACCUGGAUGCUCUGUCUCCCAUCCACACACCGCAGCGGAGCGUGCCUGAAGUGGAUCCCGCCACGACCAUGCCCAGGUCCCAGUCGCAGCAGAGGACAAGCACCGGCUCCUAUUCCUCACCUUCUCCCGCUCCCUACUCUACUCUGCAGGCCCCAGCCCUGAGUGUCACUGGGCCCAUCACAGCCAAUUCAGAACAGAUUGCUCGGCUGCGAAGUGAACUGGACGUUGUUCGAGGAAACACAAAAGUCAUGUCUGAGAUGUUAACAGAAAUGGUUCCUGGGCAGGAGGACUCGUCCGACCUGGAAUUGCUGCAGGAGCUGAACCGGACCUGCCGGGCCAUGCAGCAGCGCAUCGUGGAGCUCAUCUCCCGGGUGUCUAACGAGGAGGUCACUGAGGAGCUGCUGCAUGUCAAUGACGACCUCAACAACGUUUUCCUCCGCUAUGAGAGGUUUGAACGAUACAGGUCAGGCCGGUCGGUUCAGAAUGCUAGUAACGGAGUGCUGAGUGAAGUAAGUGAGGACAACCUAAUAGACCUGGGACCUGGCUCUCCCGCCGUGGUGAGCCCGAUGGUGGGGAGCACAGCUCCGCCUUCUUCCCUCUCUUCCCAGCUCGCGGGCUUGGACCUGGGCACCAACAGCGUCAGUGGCACCCUCAGCUCCCUCCAACAGUGCAACAAUUCCCGGGACGGCUUUGACAUGUUCGCACAGACGAGAGGGAACUCCUUGGCCGAGCAACGAAAGACGGUGACCUACGAGGACCCCCAGGCUGUCUCAGGAUUGGCAUCUGCGCUAGACAGUCGGAAGCAGAACUCCGAAGCGAAGAGAGGUAAAGGAGGGGACUAUGACCUGGAGCCCAUAGACAGCUGGCUCAUGGCCCAAGGAAUGAUCCCCGUUGCUCAGCCCUCUGUCAUGGACGACAUUGAGGUGUGGCUCAGGACGGACCUGAAGGGCGAUGACCCAGAAGAGGGAGUCACCAGUGAAGAGUUUGAUAAAUUCCUGGAAGAAAGAGCCAAAGCUGCUGAAAUGGUUCCCAACCUCCCCUCCCCACCUGCGGAGGCCCCAGUCCCGGCGUCCACCCCUUCCGGCCGGAAGAAGCCCGAGCGCUCAGAUGAUGCCCUCUUCGCCCUGUGAGCUGUGCUGUGGCUCGGCUCCCCACACAGCAGGUCGCCCCCACCUCACGCCAGGCACUGGCCGCUCCUCCCUCCCAGCCCCCCACAGUCCUGUGCUGCUGUGUCUCCUUGGAAAUGCCACUGUGUUUGCCCCCAGGCCUCCCCCUGCUCAGAAGGCUUCAGCCACUUCCCUCCCCAGGGUGCAGGGGUGAGGUGCUGCAGCCAGAGGCCCAGCCCGCUCUACCCUCCUGCCCCACAGCCACCUCUGCCCACCUGCUUUCGGGGAAGAGUGAGUGGGGGCUCGGCCUCAGGCAGGGCAGACCCGGGGACCGUUUUCUUAGCAGACCUUUGGACUGACUUCUGGGCCUUGCGCACAGAGGAGCAUCAGGUCUGGCCCUUCCCGUGUCCCUGCCUCUGCCCGACCCCCGGACCCUCUGCUCCAGGAAGGACUUGUCUGCAGCCGCAGCCCCGGGCUCCCUGAUGCAUUUUACCUACAGCACUUUAGAAGGCUGGGUGGGGGUGUGGGGGGUGGCCACGGUUAGGGUCUCUCAUCUACUUUCUUUAUCUCUCCAUCACUCAACUGCUAGCCCAAUCCCAGGCCCCCGCAGGCUCGGGCCCUCGUGGGUAGGGACAGCACCGAGGGCAGCUGGUUGGCAUGCUCACAUGGUUGGCCUGCGGAGGGUGGGUGGGAGGACACUCUCAGGGGGAAGCUCUGCAGGGUCCAUGCAUGCUCUGCUUGGCACUGAGGCCUGGCCUGGGGCAGCCUGGGAACCUCUCCAGGCCUGGCAGGACCCGGGUAGGUGACUAAUGGAGAGAGGCCAGAGCCACAUGGAGCCUAGUUCCUGGUUGCGAGGGCCUGGAGCUGUGCUCACGGCCUGGACUUCUCCAGGCCACCAUUUGCACCCUCUCUCCAGCUAAGUCUAGGCCAAGCAGUUGGGGUCUGGGGACUCCUGUCCCUGGGUGUCAGGUGUGUCCCCCGGCCAAGGACACCACGUGCGUGGCUGCAGCUCCCGAACCCCUCUUGCCUGGCCUCGCCCUCAGAAGCAGCGGCAGUCUCAGUGGGCCGCCUCGGACAAACACGCAUCCUCAGGGUCCAGGUCUACAUUCCCACGGGCACUCCACGAGGCCCCUUGGCCCAGCCAGCCAUGCCCCGGUCUCGCACCGAUGACCCAGUGCAGCAGCCCAUGCCACAGAGGUGGGCCUCACUUGGGCCUGACGUGUGCAGGGCCAAGCUCCGAGCCAGGGAGAGUCAUGCUGGCCAGCAGUUUGCCCACCCCGAGCCUCGUGCCCAUCUGGCACAGCAGGAACGGCUGCACGCCGUCUGUCGACCAGCUGGGGUUGUCACACUUCAGAUCUCAGACGACACCCCCGAACUCCCCUUCGGAGGGUGCCCACCCAAUGGUGCCCUGCCCUGGGCAGCCUCUGCCCCACGCUCCCCGUCAGCCAGCCCAGCCUCUCGUUCCCCAGGACGGGCCUCGACGUCAGCCUGAAUGCUGAUGCUCGAGGUGAGCUGGCUUGACGUGGCCGGGGGAGAGGCCAGGCUGACUCAUCACCCCCGAGCCCCCAGAUGGUACGCCAGCCCGUUCUCUGACAGGGUUCUUGAAGGGCGUGGGCCUUUCCCAGCUGACCGGAGCAGACUAACUGGCGGACAGCUGGGCUGUGGCGGGGCAGCCCGAGCAGAAGGCCCGCAUCCUCCCCACAUGGCGAAGGGGGAGUCCCUGCUAGAGCGGCAGCCGGAAGGGUCUGAGGGGAGAGAUACUUCAGGGGGCAGCGGGUGACGCAGAGGCCCAGUCAGAGCUGCCCCGCACCCCAGUGUGCCAGCCCGUGCUGGCGGACUCCGGGGGCUGGCAGGAAGCCACUGGCCCACACAGAGGAGUGUCACCUGCCUUCCCAGUUGGGGCCGCCCGCGGAGGCUCUCAAGUGCUUCCUGCUCAGACACGUGUACAGAGGCAGCCCGCCCCAACCCGGCUGGGGGACCCUUGAGUCUUGUGCAGGAAGAAGCAGGUGCAGGCCAGGUACUCUUGAGGAGGCUCUGUGCAGCCCUUCUGGAUGGCCUUUCUGGGCCUCUGGCUCCCGGUGCCCUCUGGGGCGUGCAGCCCAUACUGCCUGGUUAGGAAAUGGCCUGACCCCCGCUUGGACCCCCAGGAGAGUGAGACCCUCUGAGCCACCCAACUCUCCCCGAGUGUUAGACAUCACAGAUACAGUAUGUACUUAAUUACACUAAAUUAUUGCUGGGACUCCUUAUAAGCACUAAUUAUACCUGAUUAGAGGUUAAAAUAUUUAUUUUGUCAAAAUAUUUUCUUGGGGAUGUGUUUAACCUUUCCUGUGUUCAUUGUAUGUGGGAUUACAAACGAGCCUCUCUCCUGCUACCCCUGUGGGCAGGGGCAGCAGGGACUGGCGUUGUGCAUGUUUGACCCAGGGGGUUGGGGCAGACAGCGGCCUGGGGCCAGCCUGCCCCCACCCAGAGCGUGUACGUGGCCCCCCUCGGCACUGAGCAGGGAGCACCACUACCCUCCUCAGUGUGCCUGGGACAGGGGUCUAAUGGAAAAGUUUCGUGCUGCCCCGGGGCUCGAGGAGGAAGUGAUUUGUCUGUCUUCUGUCCUGUCUUCAGUGUGAAUGACCAUGCUGUCUGCUGGACCCUGUCUCAGCAUCUGUCCUUCCCUCCUCUCCCGGGACCCAGAGCUGAGAGUUGGGAGGCUGGCUAGGACAAUGCACCCCAGAACCAACCCCUGUGAGGACAGCCUCCACAGCCUCCCCUCCGUCUGCUCUUAGUAGGACAUAUGGGCCCUUCCCCCCAUUCUUCUACCAUCAGCGCCAUAGCCAAGCUGCGUACCCAGGAAAUGACCCCUGUGGUACCAGCCUCUCCUAGUGCCCUUUCCUGUCUAUGGGGGGGGGUCCAAGCUGGGCAUCCCCUACAGCUGCCAGCCAGCCCUGCCUCUGUGUCUGCGGCCACUGCUUCUCUCUGUUUAGAGCCUCCAGGCUCCUCUGGAGAAAGGGGCAUGCGAUAUUUAUUUCUGAAAGUUUGCACUUCAUUCAUAAGUGUUCUCAGGAUUGUCGGGGGCUGCUGAGAAGAGAGUGUGUUGUGUUUGUUGUCUGGUUGUCCCGGUCUGGUGUCUGUCAUUGUCAUGCAGUUCUGUGGGCAGAGCCGGCGGGUUCUGGGCAGGGUCAGUGCCCUUGGUCUCCUUCACACACUGGCUCUCCGUCCAGACGCCGGCUUCCUAGCGUGGGUUCUUGCAUGUAAAAUACUCCAUGAUAAAUAAACACGCGAACCAAC